AUGGCAUCCUUAGAAGCUUCUUCACAGGAGGCUCGGCGGGAUGCUGCCGCGGCGGCGCUGAGAUGGCAGUAUCUGCAUUGCCUGUCCGAUGACUCAGAUCCAGAUGAGGACGAUGAGAUGGAGGAGACUUCCGGGAGUGGCGCUUGCCGAGCCGGCAAGAGCUCCGAAGUCCCUACGUCGACCGACAGCAGACAUAACGACUCUGAAGUCCGCGACAAACAGCCACCGGACCUUGUCUUGGAUGACGCACCACGACUGACACCGUCCGACGAUGCAAACGAAGAGCACGGUACGACGCGCAGGCCUCUUAUCGACUCCAAGACGAUGGAAUUGAGCCUUGGGGUUCUGAUGGCAUCCAACGAGCUCAUAUCGGAGUCAGACACCAAUAAGCAGCUGCAGCUGUUCCGCAAGUACUGGCUACAGUACAAGACAUGCGCAUCAGCAGUACGCUCCGCGCUCCUCGACGAGUUUAUGCCUUUGGAGUCCCACCCGACUCUACGAGUACUGCAGGCCGCACUUGAUCGUGGCGUCGGAGCUAAUCGCCGAGUCAAUUCGACCCGCAAGAUGCUCAUGGAUCCGAAUCGCAAUCCUUGGAUCAAAUCGGACAACUUCAACAUGCUCACGGUGUAUGCCAUCUUCGGCAUGGAUGCCUGCAUGAGCCAUCAAUUCCUCGCCGCCCUCCGCGAGCUCGCCUCCAUCCCCGAACUCUCAUUCGAAUCCGCCGUCGAACGCAUUCAAGCAGCGCAGAGGAACGACAAGAGCAAGAGCGGCCAGCAAGCAGUGAUGCCUCGUCACGCCCGCAUGGCGAUUGAGUCAUGUACAAAAGAUGGGAUGAACGAGCCGAAAAUACACGCGGUCCAGAAGCAGUGGAAAAAGACAACCCCGACGAGGGAGAGAGUUGAGGGAAAGAGCGCGCAACAGGCGACUGAGGAUGAGGCUUAUGAGCCCACAGCCUCCCAGCGGGAUACAUCUCCCGCAUCGAGAAAUGGCGACCCUCCUCUGCAGAAGUCGGCAGGCGGGCACUCUGACGAUGACGAUAUGGAGGAUGAUGGACCGGCGGAAGAUGACGUGGAUGACAACUCGGAGUCGGACGAGGACAAGAACUCCAACGAUGAAGACCACGAGGACAAGGACACGAGGAGUCCUUUCGACGGCGGCUUGGACAUGGACGACGACUUCCAGUUCUUGGACCACGACUACUCUCCGGCAUUUCCCUCGCAGCAAGACGACCUGCCGCCUCCGUCACCGACUCCUCCGCCAGCCGCAGCCAAUGCCAAGACUGCCGUGGCUGGCCGCGGCUUCUCCCGCCCGGCUACCGAGCCACCCCGCAGCGCGACUCCCACGCGGUUUGACUUCACCUCUAGGACCAUCGCAGGCUCAUCACGCUUCAAAAGCUCACACACUUCCACAUGCGCUGGCACUCGUCCUCCUAUCUGCGCCAACAAAGAUACCACAGUACUGCAUCCUGCCGACACCAGUGACCUCACGCAACAUCACGCGUCUCUCCUGUCCGGCACCGAUAGUCCCACGAUGAGCAAACGCCGCAUCAAUCCCACCAGCGACGACGACUUGCAGUGCGCGAAGCGUGCGCGCACCAGCGAGGAACAUGCCAUGCCCUCUCCCUUCGAGUCGGCCUUCGAGGGUCUCCCAGCCGAGGCGUUCGAUCUCUCCAAGAUAAUGCAAGACUCCUUUGACUUCUUCGUCCCCGCCGCUGCAGCUUCGGGGGUGCUUAAGAUGUGCCGACCAGACCCUGACUACAGAGAUGUAACUGCCGUAUUGUGCGAUUCUUCCAGGCCUGCUCGCCCUGUCUGUCUUGUCCUCUGUACCGGAGGAUGCUGGGUCCUUGGCGAGUACCAUCCGCACACGGACUCGCUCAAGAUACACUGCCCUCCUCAAAUACUGAACGAUGUCCUCGUGUACGAAGAUGAGGGUGUGGAUGAAUUGGAAAAAGAAGAUGGAGACAACACCACGGAUAACCUCUGGCGGCUCAGCUCUCGCUUUCAUGGCCUGCUUCAGGCUGCUCGACCAAGCCCCAAGAGAUCUGACCGGCAGGCCACUGGUGACCGACGCAUGACCAUCUCAAAGACUGCUCUCUCCACCUUGCGACACUGGGACACCACCACCGAAGCUGGCCGUCGCAACGCCUCUAUCGACCAGGCUGGAUGUGUCGCUGCCCGUGCCAUCCUUGUCGCACUUGAUCUGAAGGCUCCCGAGCAGAUCGAUGGCCAUCUGUGGAUGUUUGCCAUGUUGCACGCUUCACAGCUUUGCGCUGACACGACCCUCGUCGGUCGCGUGCCUGCAUCACCGAUCGAGAUGACGAGCAAGCCAGUCGCCAUGUCCGGCCUCGCUGGGCGGAACGCUCCCGCUGCCGUGGCUCAACAAGCCCAUCAAGUAAUGCUGGAUCAAAUCACCUCGCACCUUGCCGACGAGAAGAUGCUUCGUGCUUCGACCGGUCAGUGCAAGGUCCUUCGAUCUGCAAUCACUUCCGGGAUCAACGCUCAGCCCCAAGAAGGACAUGGCGGAAAGGGUGACUGGGCUCAGCAACUUCAAGUUGCCAUCGAUGCAGCUCCUCCAGAACAGCGUGCUGCCCUUCAGAGUUUCUUGCAAGCUCAACCCGCUCCGGCCGUACCAAAGCCUGAUCGCGUGAAGGUCUGGAAGGAUGUCAAGACGCAGCUUAGCUUGCUGCAAGUGAAUCAGUCAGACGCUGCGGACGAAGCUCGUGUACAGGCAAAAGUGGCCUUCGAGCAGCUGCAAGCGUUGCUUCAGAGCUCAAUGGCCGAGUUGAUAGAGCUGAGCGACAAGUGCUCCCUUGAAUAA